AUUCUAAACAAAAGAUCAUAAGCAAUUAAUUCUGGCAAUUACAUGGAUAUGUAACAAAGAUGUCAGAAAAAAUGUGUCGCAUUUGUUUGGUCGAUAUCAGAUCGUCCUCAUCCCGGGUUGACAUUUUCACUGAGCAGAAUGUCCACUUAAUUCGGCAAAUAUAUUCAAUUACUGGAGUGCAGCUAACGAAUAUAAGUGAUCAGCCCAGACACAUGUGUAUCACUUGCCUGAUGAACUUGGGAACUGCCAUCAAGUUUCGCCAACGUUGUAUCAUCUCUCAAAAACAAUUAAGAGCUGAAGACCAUCCCAAAAAUGUUUUCUACGAAACAAUAGAUAUUAAUCAUGAUGUUAACGACCAUUUCGAAAGUGAUGACUCCGCUGCACUGGAUAUUAUUGAGAAAGUCCAUGAGGUAGAUUACGAAGUAGCUACGGUUCAUGACAUUGAGGAAGACAGUGACUCUCAAAUAGAUUACUAUUUUACAACGACUGAACAAACUGAUGACAAUAACGUCGAGCAAUCGGAUAAGGAAUCGGAGCAUAUUGAAGUUGAAACACAAUGCAAAUUUCUUGACAAAGUCAAGAAGUCAAAAAAAGAAGCAAUAAAUUGUAAGCCGAACAGAAGCACAUCCAAUAAUCCAGUCCGGUCGUUUGUAUGUGACGAAUGCGGCAAAAAAUUAAGCAAUAUAAGCAAUUUUCGAGAGCACAAAUUGCGGCAUGCAGGCAUCAAGAGAUUUAUCUGCAAGUUGUGUCGCAAAAGUUUUACAACACAAAAGGAGUUGACUCGUCACACUCGCGGACACACUGGAGAACGUCCAUAUGCCUGUAGAUAUUGUCCCAGCAGAUUUGCAGAUCUCGGUACAAUUCGACAGCAUGAGAGACGCCACACUAACACUCGACCUUUUGAGUGUGCGGUAUGUGGCAAGAGUUUCUUCAGCUCAAAUAGCCUGAGCAAACAUCGCUUGAGACAUCAAGAUAUGCCCCGCACUCAUCAUUGUACGAUCUGUGAUAUUUGGUUCCAGAGACCCGAUCAUCUGGCUGCGCAUAUGAACUGUCGUAGUCACAAAAUUAAGGAGCAGGUGCUCAUCGAAUAGUGCAACA